GGAAGUGUGGGCUGCGACGAUUGUAUGCUCUUAACUAAUCCUGAGUAAGGUGGCCACUUUGACAGUCUUCUCAUGCUGCCUUUGCCACCUUUUCGGUCAGAAGAUAUUUCAACUUUAACACAGCAUGAUUGAAACAUACUGCCAACCUUCUCCCAGAUCUGUUACCAGUGGACUACCCAUCAGUAUGAAAAUUUUUAUGUAUUUACUUACUGUUUUUCUUAUCACCCAGAUGAUUGGGUCCGCACUUUUUGCCGUGUAUCUUCACCGAAGAUUGGACAAGAUAGAAGAUGAAAGAAAUCUUCAUGAAGAUUUUGUGUUCAUGAAAAUGAUUCAGAUGUGUAACAAAGGAGAGCGGUCCUUAUCCUUACUGAAUUGUGAGAAGAUCAGAAGCCAGUUUGAAGCCUUUGUCAAGGAUAUAAUGGGAAAUGAAGUGAAGGAGAAAGAAAAAAACUUUCAACCGCAAAAAGGUGAUCAAGAUCCUCAAAUUGCAGCACAUGUCAUAAGUGAGGCCAGUAGUAAAACAGCAUCUGUUCUACAGUGGGCCCAAAAAGGAUACUACACCAUGAGCAACAAUUUGGUAACUCUUGAAAAUGGGAAACAACUGGCUGUUAAAAGACAAGGACUCUAUUAUAUCUAUGCCCAAGUCACCUUCUGUUCCAGUCAGGAUGCUUCAAGUCAAACUCCAUUUAUAGCCAGCCUCUGCCUGAGGUCCAUGAGUGGAUCUGAGAGAAUCUUACUUAGAGCCGCAAAUACCCACAGUUCCUCCAAACCUUGCGGGCAACAAUCUAUUCACUUGGGAGGAGUAUUUGAAUUGCAACCAGGUGCUUCAGUGUUUGUCAACGUGACUGAUCCAAUUCAAGUGAGCCAUGGGACCGGCUUCACAUCUUUUGGCUUACUCAAACUCUGAACAGUGUAACCUCGCAGGCUGCCACUGAGCUGAUGCUGGCAGUCUUUAUAAUACAGCAAAGCAGUUAAGACCACCCCCUGUUGAACUGCCUAUUUAUAACCCUAGGAUCUUCCUCAUGGAGAACUAUUUAUUAUACAUCCCAAGGCAUGUAGGGCUGCAAUAAGUGAAUUAUGGGGCGGGUGAAACCCAAAGAGGCCCUGUUCCCUAAGAGCUUAUAUUCUGAAUCAGCAACCCAACUGAUACAGACACCCAGAGAUUCCUAUGAAAAAACAAGGCCAUUAGGCACAGAUUGAAUUCUGAGUAAACAGCAGAUUAUUAUCCAAAUUUAGGUGUGUUUUUUCCAUGCAAUGUCUUUUAGUGGAUAAUGUAUUUGACUUAUCAGUGAAGAUACAAAAGGAAAACAAGGAGCCUCAGCUCACAUUUAGUUAUACGGUUGAUUCUGGGUCCCUGUAUCACCGAUGAAGGGGACAGGCUCUAGAAAGUCUAAUGCAGUGGAGAACUAAAAAACCCUGCCCCCUCCCCCACAACAGCCACCCUGACACUCAUUUUCUCUCUCUUUGCCCUUCACACACACACACACACACACACACACACACACAGUGUCAGGCUGUUGCUCAUCAGUUAUUUUAUUUCAACCUUGUCACUAUCUCCACCACUGUAGAUGAAAAGGGGAGCAGAGAGAGCAGCUCUGAGCCUGCCCACUCCUACUCAAAAAAUGACUAUAUUUAAAUGAAAUCUAUUGUAUCUACCUGCAGUCUCCAUUGUUUCCAGAGUGAACUUGACAUUAUCUUGUUAUUUAUUUUUUGAAUAAUAAAAAUCCCUUAACAUUAUUGUUGUUAUUUAGCACCUAAAGCUUAGGCCAUGUUUGGGGAGAAGGAAUCAUUUGGAAGGAAUUUUCCCAACCUUUGUGCUGUGUUCAUAAACUAGAUAAAAUUUGGCUUAUCAAAGCUUGUUGCACCAUAAAAUAUCUUGGUGACAGCAUACUCCUGGAAGUCAGUGAUAGCCUUUGAUGAAUGACAUGGAAGCUUACUCAGUGAAAAACAAUAUUUAUUUCCAGUUUUCUCUGAAAAGAUUGCAGGGGAUUAAAGAGAUAUUUUUUUUAUUUUUUUAUUUUUUUAUUAAUCAUGGCUAAGUGAAGCUGGAGGGAGAGCCUUAAAUGAGAAGCAGUCGCUUAUCAUUUUAGUAGCUGUCUAGGCAGUUCUACCUUAGACAAGAGGAAAUGGAGCUGGGACAGCCCGAGGGGAAGUAUCAGCCCCUCAGUCUUCUACUGAAACCAGGGGGGGGGGGGCUAUGUCUUAUCACUGCCAACUGAGGGAUUUUCAUGUAAGGAACCCAGAGUAAGCUUUUUGUCUCUACUGGUAGAGUGCAUUGCUUAAGAUAAACACCAUGUGUUCAAGCAGAAAAAUAUUACUGUAGGAAAAAGAAAGCAGAGUGAGGAGUGGUGGGUCAUCUCUUAGCCACUGCCUCUGCUCUUCAGUCCUGUGGACCACAUAGUCCCUUCUUGUCUGAGUGACUUUGAAGACCUUGGAGCAUGACUUUCUAACACAAGGCUGAAAUCAUGCUAGACAAACUUGCCUGGCUACAUACUUUUUUCAGUGAGAAAACUUUAGUAUAAGCAGGGGUAACAUUUGUUGAUUCAGGGAUCACUUAGAAAUAUGUUCACAGUUGGGAUGGACAGGACACAUUCCCUCUUUAGUAGGGUUUAUAGGAAGAGAAUACAGGUACAGCCUGAACAAGUCUUUUAUGGUCUUUAUAUACUCACAUCCUCUGUUCUAAAUAUUGUCUCUGUACUUUAACCCACUUUCUUUGAAAAUAAUUAUCAUCAGACAAUCUCUACCUGUAAAAACCAAGCUGGGAACAAUAUCUGUUUUCAGAAGGAAUGCUAUCGAUACAAAAAACACCUUUUCCAGACUAUGUCUUCUGUUCUCAUGCUAUUUACCACCUUCUAAAUGCCAUCUGCUAUAGCUCCAGCCCAGAAUUUGCCCCUAAGCUUUAGCCUCAAAUAGCCAACUGCCUUUAGCCUCUCAGACCACUUUCUCAUGAGGUCACUUUGCCCUUCCCAAGAACUCCAAGUCUCAUCCUUCCCCCUUUUCUCUUCCUGUGAUACAUGAUCACAGUGGGUUCUCUCCCCCUACCCCUUCCUGUAUUUAACUACCAUCUUCAUGCUACUAAUGUUACAAAUUUAGUCCUGACCUAACCCCUGGAGCUGUCUCUAACUGCCUAAAUCUCCAGAUGGUGGGCCUAGGCCCUCAAACCCAACACAUCCAAAUGGAACUCUUGAUCUUUCGCCCUACAUGAUGGGAUGUACUUUCAGUACUUCCCAUUUCAGUUAAUGAUGGCCUCAUCUACCCUGUUUCCCAAGCCAGAAACCUAAUGUGACUUCUCACUGUCCUCACUCCCAAAGCCAAUCCCAUCAGUCUAUGUACAUCAACCAUAUUUCUUAAAUAAUUACAUUAAUCUACUUCUUCCUAUCUCAGCUGUUAGUACCCUAGUCCAAACUACUGUCAUCUCUCUUCUGGAAUACUACAACAGCCUCCUAGACUCUCUGUCUCCUCUCUUGUUCCCUCUCAUCCAUUCUUCACACACAGCCAGAGUUAAUUCUUUAAACAGAAUUCUAAUUUCACUAUUCCCCUGUUUCUUAUUGACCUUAGAAUAAUGACCAAAAUAACUUAUUUCAUCUCCUGCCAAUAUGUCUCUCAGUGUCUUAAGUUCUAACCCUUAGUUCCUCAAAGUAAGGCUACAGAUGCUUUCUUUCCUGCCUUAGGAUCCAGGCAUGCUGUUUUAUUUUCUUGUAACACCCAUUACUUUCCCCCACCAUGCCCUGUACUUUAACUUCACAGCACUUACCACGGGUGAGGUUUUUCCUACUAUGUUGUGAGUUUCUUGAGGACCAAAACCUUGUCCCAUUCACCAAGCUACCAGUACAGGACACCCAAGUUAAAGGCAACUUCAGUAUCUACUACAGGGCCUGGCAUAGAAUUGGCCCUUUAUUCAUUGCAUAAAAAAGUGAAUGAAUGAAUGAAUGAAUGUGCUUAUAACACAGAAAAAAUUUGCAAUACUGUAUAAACUUUCAUUAUGUCAAAAACGUUUAUGAUAAAAAUGUACUCAGGGACUGAAAAUUAUAUACAAAAAUAGAUGAUAUACUUUUUAUAUUUUACAGUAACUUGCAAAAUUACACAUGAUGUUU